UCCACCACCAGCAUCUCUCUUUAGCGUGGCGACGCCUGUGACCGUCGCAGAAGGAGAGCCGGACCAGCUUCAGGCGUCGAUACAAGCGGACAAGCGUUCACAUUGCAGAUGAAAUUAUUUCGUAGUACCUUGUAGACAGUUUUCAUCUCGGGGAACUUGCUUGUAGUGGAAUACAGGAUCAGAAGCAGGAUGUUUCCGGUCAGGCAGCCUUGGCUUUGCAAAGCCUUAGGUUGUUAUGAUUGCUGUAUCCGGUGCUUGGGGGCAGUGCCCUACCCAUCUCUGGUGGCCACCUUGCUGUGCUAUGUAGGCAUGGCUCUGUUUUGUGGCUGCGGGCACGAAGCCUUAACCCAGACCGAAGUCCUGGUCGAGACUUACUUCGCCCGCAAUGAGCAGGACUUUGAGAUCGUGGCUGACUUUGUGGAAUACUUCCAGUAUGUCAUCUACGGCCUGGCCUCAUUUUUCUUCCUCUAUGGUAUCCUGCUGCUGGCUGAAGGCUUCUACACGACAAGCGCAGUCAAGCAGACCUUCGGGGAAUUUAGGAGCACCCACUGUGGGCGAUGCCUCAGCCUGACGUUUAUCAUCGUGACGUAUAUCUUGGCCUUCAUCUGGCUGGCAGUGUUUGCCUUCACUGCUAUUCCGGUCUACUUCUUGUUCAACAUGGAGCAGACCUGCCACGACAUCAACAUCCUGGCUGAAACAACCCCCAGCAUAAAUCAGCACGGCUGGAUUUGCAUGGACGCCAGGCAAUAUGGGCUGCUUCCUUGGAAUGCGGUGCCGGGCAAGACUUGCGGAAUGACCUUGGCAUCUAUUUGCAAGACGAGCGAAUUUCACCUCACCUAUGACCUGUAUAUUGCUGCAUUUGCUGGUGCUGGAAUCACCCUCUUAGCAUUGAUUCUCUUUUUGGUUGCAACCACCUAUAAUUAUGCAGUCUUGCGGUUCCUGGGCAGGAAAGGCGUACGCUAAGGGCUCAAGCAUCACCUCCGUCGAUGGCGUCCUCUGAUUGUGAGAUGGACAGUCAAGAGCCAAUCCGGUUCCCUUGCUAGUACUGCAUCCGGUAACUUUCCUCACCGCUGUGUCUUGUACGCGAACAACUUACAAAGAGAUGAAAAUUCCCACCCUCCUCUGAUGAUUCUCUUGGCUUUGUUGUUCAUUUGUCUUUUUGGUGACGUUUAGUGCCAGCGCUAUUUUGAUGUGUGGCAUUUCAGGAAUAAUAAACAGCUCACCUUGCAAAGACUAACUUGCCUUUUAGCCCUUUCGGUGCUUCGUGAAAUAUGCAUUGGGUGCAUGAUAAUGAGUUGGCUGCGUGUGUAUGGAUUGUGUGCUUUGAAAGUGAAUGUACCAAAGUUGUCUGCAGCGUUUUGUUGUAUCAGCCUGCCCACUGUCACUCACGUAAUUGCUUUGUUUAAACACCACUGUGUGGGGGCGAAACAAAGCCAUGUAUUGGAUAUUGGAGGUGAUGCCUCUAAUGCUUACAAUAACAUUUCCAUCUAUAAACUCUGUUAAACCCGUCCGCCCGCUCUGAAACUUGAGCUUUGUCAUGUGUGGGCAUUUACAAAGAAAUUAACUUGGGUGAGUUUACUGUAACCUCAAAUUGCAUGUUUUCAAUAAAAUUGUGUUUAAUCAA